AUGGCUGUGCAGGCUGCAAUCAUGAACCCGCAGUUUUUGAAUUUCUGUUUUCCCGGUUCAGUGGUGGACUAUGAUGUGGAGAAAAGUCUGGAUGAUGGCAGCAUCCUGGGUGAGACAGAAACUGAAGAAGACUACAAAGAAACCACAAGGGAUCUGCUCAGCUUUAUAGACUCUGCCUCCAGCAACAUCAAACUGGCAUUGGACAAACCAGUUAAGUCAAAGAGAAAAGUCAACCACAGAAAGUAUCUCCAGAAACAGAUCAAAAGGUGCACAGGGAUCAUUGCACCAAGCAACGCCGCUGAACCAGCACCCUCAGCUAAAAGGCACGGGUCUCCCCCCAUGGCCCAAACCACCAGCACUUUUCACACUAAAAACCUGCCUAAGCGCGAUGGGGUUCAUGCCAACUUACAGAGCAAAAGUCUGGCAGCUCUGUUCAGCCCUGUGCAGGAUGUUAGAGGGGGUGAGAAAGCCAAAAAGCCACCCCUCCGGCAUCGCAACCUGCCCCCAUCCUUCUUCACAGAGCCUGCCAACUGCUCCAGAGUUUUCCCCAGUGCUGGGACAAUGCUAAAGGACUUGGACAGAGGAAACGCAGAGCCGGUGGACUUCUUUGAACUCUUUGGGCCGGAUUAUGGCGGCAUGGUCAGUGAGCAAGACCUUUAUCAAACUUUGCCAGUUCGAGAGCACUCGGAGAUGGGAGGACUGGAGACAGCGUCUUAUGAGUCACAGCAUUUGGUUGGAGGUCUGUUGUACUCUACUGAGCCCAAACUCACACACACACAGACACCCGGCUUCUGUCACUCGGACGCCACCUCUGGGACCAUAGAGGACAGUUCACUGUGCACUUUGGCCUUCCCAAACUUCUUCACAGACUGUGCUCUACCUCAGGUCACUUAUGAUAUUAGUGGUGCCUUCAGCAGGCCCAAUUAUUCAUCUCUAUGA